AAACAAACAACACACUACACUAGAACACUAGUCAAUCGACUCAAUGAGGGUUUGGAUGGGGGUUUGACAUGUUCUUCGGAGCGUGUUUCGCUGGAUUCAUCCCAACCAACGGGCCGUUACUAGAGCUGGUCAGUCCCGAAGCAGAGCUCGGCAGAUCGUUUGGGUUCCAAAUCGAGACAUCUUUCAUCAGACCAUUGCUUGGCCAAGUCUCACCACUUGGGAAAACUGAGGUAGUUAAGAAUAGUUGAGACAUAUUAAGAGAGUUUCUGGUCAUGACUGCACACAGGUGCACCCGCUGUGUGCGGAGCAGACUUUUAUGCACUCCCAUGUGGGGCGCGGCAACCGCGGCUCCACUGUGGAGGAGCUCUCCAGAAGUUCAGAUUUCAGUGUCUUUGACUGGAAAGAAGUUGAGGCCUACUGCCAGAAGCGCCGUGUGAACGCUGGGAAAUGGUGGCAUCAUGGACCUCACAGCGAGGAGACUGAAAGCUCCUUUCAACGUCGAGCAGUGCGGCUCAAGAAGUGGCUCGGGAGCCUCCAAGAUCACUGGGCUGUGCCACUGAAUGUGUUGCUGGUUUGUCACGGCGGCAUCAUGCAGGCGGCCUUCGACUACCAGCCGCACCCUCCGAACUGCGGCUUCCGCGUGUACGAUCUGCAGCGGACAGGCGUUGCCACCCAUGUGGCUCGUGGCCAGGCAGUGGUGAGACCAGAUCUCCUUGUCGAUCCUGCUUUCGAAGUUCUGUCUGUGCGACGUUUGCCAGAGAAGGCCAAUGGCAAUACUGUCUUCAGAGUGGAAGUCCUUGUCGCCCAGCAAGAGUUCUUCUCAGACAUCAGCGAGAAUGUCUUGCGGGAACGCUUGCACGACCCUGUGAAGGAAGGCCUGAGCCCUGAGCUCUAUGAGAAGUAUGGGCUCAGUGGGCUUUUCCCCAGCUGGUGGUCUUGGCUGAACCGAGCGCGUGCCGAUCUCUCCAUCUACAUCCAGGACUACCUGGAACAAUUGGCCUUAGCCAUGGGUGACGAUGGCUUCCCGCCAACCUUGGCGGAAUUGGUGAACCAGCUGUUGCUUCAGGGCCACUUGGGCCAGGAGGAGCAGAGGGAGGGAGAAGAUGGGGAAGAUGCUGAAGGCAUGUGCAAGAUGAGCUGAAGACUGAGUCAGUUCACUUCCCAUGAGCAGUGGAAGGGCAGAGAUUGGCUUGUUCUACCUUCCGC